AAUACUUAGAUGAACGUUACUAAUUGACCUCGGCUCAGCUCGAGUAAUUGAAAUAAUUAACACGCUGGAUGUAGAAACGCUGCGUGCGUGAGGGUGAAGCGCGGUGACGUCGCUGGGGGUAGAGGUCGCGGCGUGUCUCUGUUGCCUGCUCGAGUGGCUGCCGGCGGUUUGUGCGGCUGUGAUUCUACCCCAAGAUACAGCUCGGGAGAGGGCAAAAAACAACAGCCAUGUCUUACUGUAAACAGCAGGGGAAAGACAAGAUUAUUUUUGUGACCAAAGAGGACCACGAAACACCGAGCAGCGCGGAGCUGAUAGCGGAGGAUCCGAACGAUCCCUACGAGGACCAAGGACUCAUCCUGCCCAAUGGAGAAGUGAACUGGAACUGCCCGUGCCUGGGUGGGAUGGCGAGCGGGCCGUGUGGAGAGCAGUUCAAGUCUGCUUUCUCCUGCUUCCACUACAGCGAGGAGGAGGUGAAGGGCUCCGAGUGUAUCGAGCAGUUCCGCACCAUGCAGGAGUGCAUGCAGAGAUAUCCCGAGCUGUACCCGCAGGAGGAGGAGGAGGAGGACAAGCAGAGCAACAGCAACACAGCCGAGGGGGAGGAGCAGCCCAGCCCCGCCUCCAGCUAGUGGACCCGCCCCCGGGCAGCGGCUGGAGACAAUGCCAUGGAGAGGGGGAUCCAGGUGGCAGUGCCUGCUGGAGGUCUGGGUUUGACAAGUUCGGGGGUCUAGGGUGUAUUUAAAUAUGUGCAGGGGAUGGGAAUGAGCCUCCUGUUGCAUAGCAGUUUCACCCAUUCCAGGUUUUAAUACAUGCUUGAUUAGCCCCAGUGUGUCCUAUUAAAUUCAUGGUCAAACCAGUGCUGGAUCAAACUGCUGUGCAUUGGGAGUCUUCUUUCCAUUCCUGCAUCAUCUUCUGUUCUGAUUAGUAACGGCUGCUGUUUUAAACACCGUGUUAAUUCCGUUAAUUCCGCUCUGCCACCGACAUGCUCUUGGUUACAAACCCUCUUAGAAUCAAGGUAAACAACAGCACCUUAAAGGGAAGGUCAAGUUUAGUUUUUUACGACAGACGUCCCCGCCUGACCCAACACAGUCAGUGUAGUUUGAAAGCAGGUUUGAUCCUGCCGGAGUUAAAAGGCUUUCCUAAUGCAAGAGCCUUGCUGUGUAGGGACUGCGGUCCGCAUGCAGGUUAAGUACCUCGCUCAGGGUAGCCUCUUUCCAGUCCUAGUUUUAGGGCUCUAUAAAUCUCCAGUGUCGUCUUUAUUUCAUUUUUUUGUGUAAUCGAUACCAUGGGGCAGGUUUACUAGGAAAGAAAGUUGGAGAAGAGGCUUUUAAUCAUUUCUAGAUCUAAAACAUUUACAGCUGCCUGGCGUUGAAGCAGAAGUUCUGUAAAUCCAGCCCUCCCCUGCCGCCCACGUGCUCCUCAGUGAAGAGCUCUGGAAUGAGGCUCUUCUCUGUCGUUCACCCAGGGAAGCGUGUUUCAGUCCUGUGCUGCAGUCCUGUGCGUUUUGUGUGUGUUUUUUUUUUUUUUUUUUUUUUUUGGUGUGAAAACGUUGCUUCCUUAUGCAAAGCAGCAUUGCCCUGGACCCCCUCCCCUGCGACUCUGUCCUGUUAACCCUGGUCCAGCAUGGCUGUCUGGAAAGCGACGUCCUUGCAGACGCACUGCAGGAGAAGCUCUCUCUAUCUGAAUGAGCAGGCGGAGCAGAGACAGAGGGAGCAGGCUCUUUGGUUCCUUUGUCAUCGUGUUGUUGGUGCCCCUCUGCAGUGUCUCUGUCUGCUCUCCUCCACGGACCGCUCUGUGCCGUCGUGCGAUUGUCUUUCACAAACUCUUCCCCCAGCCUGCAGCUUCCCCUCGGAGCAGUGCAGAGCAGAGCACCAGUGUAGACUAACCGAGCUGAUCCAGUGAUUCUGAACGUUGUGGAGAUUAAAAGUCUUUUUACCUCGCU